GUGCUAAUCAGACAUUUGCUCACCCGUCAGGUCGUGGAUGCAGUCUACGGAUAAAAGCAAAAAACUUCUCUUUCCCGUAAGAUUUUAUCUUCGUAUCGCCCUUCACGGCUGGUGGAUUAGUGUGUUUGACUAUGAUUGUACUUUCUCCUGUCUGAACAUCAUGCUUCCCCGUGCGGGUAAAGAGUUUCUGGUCCGCAUACAGUUCUCCUGGAGGCCGUUCUUCCAGGGCCGCUACCUGCUGGUCACCAAUAUCAUGAGUGGAGGGGUGAUGCUGUCUCUGGGAGACAUCCUGCAGCAGACUCGGGAGAAACACAGGGAUCCUGGCAAAAUCAGAGACUGGAGCCGAACAGCUCGCAUGUUUGCCGUGGGCUGCUCCAUGGGUCCGCUCCUGCACUACUGGUACAUGUGGCUGGACAGAGUGUAUGCAGGCAAAGCUCUCAAAACCUUGGUCAAGAAGGUUGUGGUGGACCAGCUGGUUGCUUCCCCGACUCUGGGCGUGUGGUAUUUUUUAGGUAUGGAUCUCAUGGAGGGGCGCAGUUUAUCCGAAGGAUGGGCGGAGUUUAGAGGCAAGUUCUGGGAAUUUUACAAGGCAGACUGCUGUGUUUGGCCCGCUGCUCAGAUGAUCAACUUCUACUUUCUCUCGCCCAAGUUCCGCGUCGUGUACAUCAACUUUGUCACCUUAGGGUGGGACACCUACCUCUCUUACCUCAAACACAGAAAAGACGACCCCAAUGCUGAGCUGGCAUCAGACAGCAAUGGUGCGGAUGUACAGAAGGAAGUGCUGCCACAGUCCGAACCGUUGGAGGAGAAGGCUUAAAGAAGCUCAGUAGAGAUGAUACGUGUUGCUGUUUUUAUGCAUUUAUACUCUUCCUCCCUUUGGAACUGCUGCGGGACUGUUGUGUGCAUGCAACAGUGUGUGGUCCUGUGUUUGUCACUCAGAUUUAAACUGAUGCGUCUCUGGGAAGUUUGAAGUUAAAGUGCUGGUACACGUCUUCUUAACUCCCAAAUAGUUUAAAUGUGUCUGUUUAUGUGUGAAUGAUGUGAGCAUGGAUGAGAAGCUGUUUCACUGCCCUCUGGUACAGCACUUACUGUCAGGGUGAAUUGAGCGGCCAUUAGGGUGAAGGUUUAAAAACUCCCAACAGUCAUUGGACCCGAAGUUUAAACCUGACUCUAGUAAUGCUUUUACUUUAUUUUUUUAAUAUGCUUUAUUUAAAAAAACAAAUCAAUAUUGAUAUGAGAGAGCUCUACUAAAUAACUGCUUCAACAAUAAACCGUGUCUUUGAACAUUGCCUUAAGAUAUCAUCCAGUGCUGCGCUUGUUUUAAUAUCAAUCGCUCCAUUUAACUUGUCCCUCUGAGCUCCAAUGAAGCAUGAUUCUGGAUCUAUCUG